GCAAUAGCACGAUGGGAUAUGUAGUAUAGAUAUCCAAUACAUGUUUGGUGAAAAUGAAUAUUUGCCGCCGUUUAGUUGUGCACGAACUUGAACGGUUCCAUUAAAAAAACUGAAAUACGUGCAUUAAGCGAAAUUGGAAACGCAUUCCAUUUGCAGCCACAGGGCCUUGGCCUAGUCAGGCAGAGGUGGCCGGGCCGGCCGGCGGGCAGGGACGCCGCCACUGCGGGGGGAGGAAGCCAACAGCAGCGGCGUGUCGAGAGGCGGGAGCAUCGGACACCGCUUCCUGAAUGUAUUGGAUCUGCCCUUAGGAGACUGUGGAAAAUACAUCAUCACUUUCUCAGUGUGCCCUGGAAAGGCUCUGUUGACACAGAAGAUCUUGCAGAAGGCUGAAGUUUGCUAUUAGCAUUGAAAAAAGAAAAUAUUGCAUAAUAGUACCACAGUCUGGUUAACCGUCAGAAUGCCUUGGUCCUGUUGGACAAGCAUUUCAAAACUUUACAUGGUGCCCUCUUGUAAAGCCUGUGCAAGAAAGCUACAACAGCUUCAUUUACCAAGAUUGUAUUCGGCAUUUAAUCGUUUUACUGUUCAGAAACUGAACAAUCUGACAUCUCAACAGCCAGUGAGAAGUGUGAAGGGUCACAAUCCCUUCACUAGAAAUCAGGAAGAGGAAUGGAGAAAGAGGAAUAAAACUGUACUUACGUACAUAGCAGCCACAGCAAUUGGGAUGAUUGGCAUGUCAUAUGCUGCUGUACCUCUCUACAGACUUUAUUGCCAGGCUACAGGACUGGGAGGGGCUGCAGUAGCUGGUCACAAUGUGGAACAAGUAGCGACCAUGGAGCCUGUGAAGGAUCGAGUUAUUAAAAUUACUUUCAAUGCUGAUGUUCAUUCCAGCCUGCAAUGGAACUUUAGAGCUCAGCAAACUGAAAUCUAUGUUGUCCCUGGAGAAACUGCUCUGGCAUUUUAUAAAGCAAAGAACCCCACUGACAAACCAGUCAUCGGAAUCUCCACUUACAAUGUAGUGCCAUUUGAUGCAGGGCAGUACUUCAACAAAAUACAGUGUUUCUGUUUCGAGGAGCAACGGCUAAAUCCCCAUGAAGAAGUGGACAUGCCAGUUUUCUUUUACAUUGAUCCUGAGUUUGCAGAAGAUCCUGCAAUGGCACGUGUAGAGACAAUUACUCUCUCUUACACAUUCUUUGAGGCAAAAGAUGGUCAAAAGUUACCUUUACCAGGAUAUAAUUAGCAUUAAAGUGUUAUAAAUAUUGAAUUUAUUCAGCAAAUGUUCCUUUGAAUAACAAUGUGAUUUUUAGUUAACCCAAUGAAGAAUCAUUGUGAUUGUCAAAAUGAGAUGAUCAACAGCGUUAGAGCAAAUAGUUGUAUUGUAAGCAGGAUGAAUACAGAGGCAAAUAAAAACAAGGUACUAGAAAAAUAAACAGCUUUCCAAGGGUAAAGCAGUCCAUCAUGCAAACAUCAUGGUAGGAACCUCUGAUCUAGUUUUGCAAUAGCAUGUAAUUAACAUUUCAUUUAAUGACUUAGUUUAUAUCAUGUCCAGAUUGUCAAUGUAAUAAGGGAAGAUUCUACUCCUAAAUGCUAUUUAACUUCAUCACUCUCUUCCAUUUUGUCUCCUCCAUUGCCCAGUUGAGGGCACCGCCCUUAUCUCAUAUCUGAAGAAUCUCCUAAAAUAGCUUUUCUUCUCCCCUCACCUUCUUAUUGAAGGUUCCCAGAAAUCUGUCUUUGGCCCUGUCUUGAGUUCUGUUGUAUCUUGUCCCUCAGCAGCAUAAUACAGAGUCAGGUUCCAUGUGUAUUCUGAUGUCAUUCCUCCUUUAACACCAUCUCUGACAACAUCUCUGCUUCUGUUUCUAAAAGGGCAAACAGGAGUCUUAUCACAGAAACAGUACCUCCAGUAUUGUAGCAGUCUCAGUAAUGCACUGAAGUAACAUUGGUCCUCAAAAUUCUGGAAUGGACCCACAAGUUAGUGACUCAGAUGGGAGUGCUACCAAUGGAGACACAGCUAGCUACCGCAUGUCAUGUCUCAAAUAACCCAUAUGCUGUGUCUCAAAAUGUUUUCUGAAAGUAAAUUGUACAGUUUUAUUAGAGUAAAUCAAACGUUUCUGCCUUGACUCACAACAUGGAGGAAGUGUUGAGGCCACAAGACAUGGUGACGGUGAUAUAUCUGCAGUCUUAUUUUGAGUUUGCCCACUUUUAUGAACAGGUUAUGUACUCUAGUUCUACUGUUCCAGUGAAGGUGAGACAGCUUGUUAUUGAUUACUGUGAAUUCUAAUGUUAAUUUCAAGUAGAUUUAUAUAAAUUGGAUAUUAAUAAAAAGGAAGAGGCAUUUAUGGAUUUUAACUGAAGCUGGUAUACCUCUUGGCAUGAAUUUACCCUUUUCAAGUCAUCUAUUACAUCAGAGCAUAUAGCAUUUUUGAUUCUUCAUUUCCUGUAGCAGUCUUCCCAUAACUUCAGAGCAGGAGUUUUUGUCUGCCUAUAUCAUUAUACUUGUGUGUCAACAUUGUUUCUUCAUCUGCUUGGUUUGAAAAUUCAUGAAACUUGGUUUUACAAUGGUUUAACCUGCCAUAUUGUAAUAUUCAUUUUACAUUAACUGGCGUCUCAUUUCCAUUCUGAAAUUCUAUUCAUAAGGAAUAGUGGCGUUCCAAGAAAACAGCCUGUAUCGCAAUUUUGCAUAAUGCUAAACUGUGUCAUCUGCACAUCUGCAAGAAAUGUGAAUUGAAAAAAAUUGUGUUUAUUUUUUCCACACAAAUUUCAUAAGUGAUGGUGAUAUAUCUGCAGUUUUAUUUCACAUCCCAGAUUUUUUGGUAGUGAUUUGUGAAGUUUCUAAGGUCAAAUUUCCAUUGCCCAAACUGCCAUAAUGCAGGGGUUACCUACAGCUGUUUUACCAGUUUGAAAAUACAUUGGGGUUUGCACUUAUGGAAACGUGUUUGCAGAAUGUCCUAUCCGUAUAUGACUGCAAUUGUGAGAAUGUAUAAUGUGAUCCUGGUAAAUAAGCUGGAAGUUUUUUUAAUAACCAAGAUAGGUGAUUUCAUGUAAAAUAUAUGGAAUCGUGUCAUAUAAUCUGACUAAUAUUGAAAUCAAAAUUGAAAAAUCCCAUCAUUCCAUGUCAUAACAUUUGAAUUAGUUUAUUUAUAAAGCUGACAGAAGCUGGGGUUUAAAAUGGGCCUAUUUUUGCUUAACAAUUCUUUUCAUUCUCUAUCAUUUUCUCUAGAAUUUUUCUUUCUAAUAUUUCAGGAGUGUUUAUUUGUUUCAGUUUUAAUCUAUUACAUUUUAUAUUUACUUCCUCUUUUUUUUGUUUUUGAUUUUUGUAUAUUUGCUUUGUACUUGCUGUCUUUAAUGAUCUAGUUUCCUGCUAUUAUGCUCACUUCCAGAGCAUGGGGCAAUAUCAACCUGCUCUUUUUGAAUUUUUUGAACAUUCCCAGAAACCUGGCAAAUCUAAUAGCAGCUCACAAAAUCCAUACUAAAAUAGUUUUAACCACUACUGGAACGUGGGAAAUUAGCUCUUCAUAUUUUCAAAUGCAAUUGAUAGUGGCAGAACCAUAUGUUGCUAUCAGUUGCACAUUGUUAACAUAAAGUACAUUGAUUGCAAAUGGUCUGUAGCUGUCAUGAGUAGGCUAUUGUGAGUAUAUUCACUCAACCUAAAAACACAAAGGAAGGCUUUAUCACCAAACCUAAUAGCUUAGGAGAGUUCGUCAUUGGCUAUGACAGUUUGAAGACCUCAUUUUAUAUACAUGCAGACAUGAGAAAACUGGACCAGACCAAAGCUAUUUACUUAUGGUCAUUUCAGUAAACAAAUAGUGUUGAUUGAUCCUGUAUUGGGGUUCCAAUGAACAGAGUCUUAUGUCAUAUUGUGCGUAAUUCUAGUGUAUACUGUUAAAUUGCACUGCACAUUUCAUUUAAAAGCAUAAAGGUUUUAUUGCCAAGUUUAAUAGCUCAGUAGAGUUUCUCAUUUUCUCACCAUAGCUUUUUGAGGAUCUCAUUGUAUGUAAAUGUGGACAUCCUUGAAAAUAUGGGACAACUUAGAGAUAGGAUAUACGAGCAUCUGGAAUCCAAUGGCUUGAUUAGGGAAACCCAGCAUGGCUUUGUGUGGGGCAAGUCGUGUCUUACUAACCUGGUUGAGCUUUUUGACAGGGUGACGAGAGAGACUGAUGAAGGUAGAGCUGUGGAUGGGGCGGCACGGUAGUAUAGCGGUUAGCGUAACGCUAUUGCAGCGCCAGUGACCCAGGUUCAAUUCCCACCACUGUCUGUAAGGAGUUUGUACGUUCUCCCCAUGUCUGUGUGGGUUUCCUCCGGUUUCCUCCCACAUUCCAAAAAUGUACAGGUUAGGAGUUGUGGGCAUGCUGUGUUGGCGCCGGAAGCGUGGCAACACUUGCGGGCUGCCCCCAGAACACUCUAUGCAUUUCACUGUGUGUUUGGAUGUACAUGUGACCAAUAAAGGUAUCAUAUGGACUUCAGUAAGGCAUUUGACAAGGUCCCACAUAAUCGGUUAAUGAAGAAAGUUCGGAUGCAUAGGGUCAGUGGAGAAUUGGCUGUGUGGAUCCAGAACUGGCUUGCCUGUAGAAGACAAAGGUUGGUGGUUGAAGGGACUUAUUCAGGCUGGAGGCCUGUGAGUAGUGGUGUUCCUCAGGGAUCUGUGUUGGGACCUUUGCUGUUUGUGAUGUACAUAAAUGACCUGGAUAAGUGUGUUGAUGGAUGGGUUAGUAAGUUUGCAGACGAUACCAAGAUUGGUAGAGUUGUGAAUAGUGUAGAGACUGGCAAUGGAUACAGUGUGAUAUAGAUCAGUUGUAGAUGUGGGCAGAGAGAUGGCAGAUGGAGUUUAACCCGGAUAAAUGUGAGAUGUUGGACCUUAGUAGGACUAAUGUCAAGAGGCAGUACGCUCUUAAGGGCAAGACCCUUAAUAGUGUUGAUGAGCAGAGAGACCUUGGGGUGCAAGUUUAUGACUCAUUGAAAGUGGCUACACAAGUAGACAGGAUGGUUAAGAAGGCUUAUGGAAUGCUUGCAUUUAUUAAUCGGGGUACUGAGUAUGGGAGUCAAGAAGUGAUAAUGCAUCUCUAUAGAACUCUGGCUAGGUCACAUUUAGAGUAUUGCAUGCAGUUCCGUUCACCUCACUAUAGGAAGGAUGUCGAGGUUUUAGAGAGGGUGCAGAGGAGGUUUACUCAGAUGCUGCCUGGAUUAGACGGCAUGUGCUAUCAGAAGAGGCUGGACAAACUUGGGCUCUUUUCUCUGGAGCGGCGGAGGCUGAGGGCUGAUCUGUUGGAAGUGUAUAAAAUUAUGAGGGGCAUAGAUAGGGUGGACAAGCAAUAUCUUUUUUCCCAUUAUUGAGUGAUCCAAUACCAAAGGGCAUGCAUUUAAGGUGAAAGGGGGUAGGUUCAGAACAGACGUGAGGGGCAUGUUUUUUACUGAGAGAGUGGUGGAUGCCUGGAAUGUGUUGCCUGAUAGGGUGGUGGAGGCAAAUUCAUUGGGGUCUUUUAAGAGGGUCUUGGAUGGGUACCUGAAUGAGAGGAAAAUAGAGGGAUAUGGGCAUUCUGUAGGUAGGAGGGAAUAUCUAUGUUGGCACAACAUUGUGGGCCAAAGGGCCUGUACUGUUCUAUGUUCUAACUGCCAAUUUACAAUCCUAUGUAAAUUGCAACAAAAGUAUAAAUUAUUCAUUAUUUUUGUUUAGUGAGCAUCAGCCUGUCAAAUACAAUAGUAUUUAUUUUUGGAAAAAUAAUCUUUUGGUUCUACAAUGUUUUAGGUUUUAUGUGGUACAAAAUCUGCAUAUUCACUGUUGAUAUAGUUUAUACAACUCAAUUAAAGACUAUUUGUGAUUCAACCAGCACAACCUGGCACAUUAUCAUGUAUAUUUAUCAAGUUUAAGCUGUUACAGAGUAUCUUCUUUUAUUUCACUUCAUACUCACAAGCACAAGGAAUGUCAAACAAUGAUUAUAUUAUCAAGCCCACUUCCUGUAUAAAACAUUCAAGUUCCCCAUUUGUUGUCAAUGUUUUGCAUAGUUUUUCAUAGAUUUGCAAAGAUGAUCAAGUUAAUUUUCAGUCGUGCCUUUUCUAAGAUUUCCAUUUUUUACUUUGGCCUGUAGUCUUCUAGAUAAUUUCUGUUCAUUGCAGUGGAAAACCCACUAAAUCGUACAAAAUAUUUGAUCAUCUCAGUUUGUAUCUGUCCUUGUGACCACCAGUCCUGGUCCUACAUUAGCAAUUGAUACAACUUUUUUUGUUUAUUUAUAUUAAUGUUAUAAUAACUUGUAAUUCUACCCUAUCACUGACAAAGGAAUAUUACAGUGCUUCAUAUGAGGGAGAGGUGAACAGUGGGCCACAAUUGGAAAAGAUUAAGAAGUGGAAACAUGUAGUACAAUAACUAGAUUUGUAAUUUCAUAUUGAAAAGAAGUAGUAAAAUAAAAUGUUAUGGACAGAUCUUGGUGGUAUAGUAAAUCCAGUGGCAGGGAAGGUUGAACAGCCAGAUAACAUGGGGUGUGACUAUGAGAUAUUCAGAAAUGAAGACAUUGAAAUUAAUAAUUUGAUCAUUAGCAAGCCAGUGGAAUGUUGCUAGGACAAUUUGUUACGAGUAUAAGAUUGAACGAGAAAUUAGGUUGUGGACUUUUAAAUGAGAUAACUGGAUAUUUUAUAUGUUUUUGUGUUAGAAAAUAAACUGCAAUAAGUUUGAGAAUGAAUGUGCCACGUACAAUAAUUACUUGAAGUGACAUGGAGAUGGCCUGUGUAGCAUAACUUUGUAACUUAAUUUAAUUCAGACAUAAAACAAAUUCAACAGGAUUGAUUUCUAAUUGAUUUCUUCACUUUUGAAAUAUAUCUAGAUGUCAUAGGAAUUAUAGCCAGAGAUUUGAAAUUCUCCCAGAGCACAUAGUCAGUAAUUUACCGUCAACAUUGUGUUGAUGUUCCACAAUAAUUCUUUUUUAAAAAUGCAUAUAGAUCAUUUAAGAAUGUUACCUUUUGGUUGGAUUCAACAUUUUAAAGUAUUUUUUAAACUAUUAACUGCUACAAUGGUUAAUUCUGAUUUUGUAGUUAUAAAUAUUAUUUGUAACAGUGUUUUGCUGUGGAAUUUCCAGCAUGUUUUUUUUGAUGUAGGCAAAGUUUUGAAAGAUUUUGUAGAAGGAAAAAUCUUUCAUGGUUGAUAUGUUUACAUAUUCCAAACAUGUGCAUUCUUGGCAGUCAAAGAUGAAACAUGGA